AUGGCUCGGAGAUUACAGUCUGACUUUCGUGGCAAGGGUACCCCCCGCCGCAAGGUCAAGAAGGUCGUCCGCAACUCCGGCGCCGAUGACAAGAAGCUCCAGGCCGCCCUCAAGAAGCUGAACGUCCAGCCUAUCCAGGGCAUCGAGGAGGUCAACAUGUUCAAGGAGGACGGCAACGUCAUCCACUUCGCCAACCCCCGUGUCCACGGUGCCGUUCCCUCCAACACCUUCGCCCUGUACGGCAACGGUGAGGAGAAGGAGCUCACCGAGCUCGUCCCCAACAUCCUCAACCAGCUCGGCCCCGACUCCCUCGCUUCCCUGCGUAAGCUCGCCGAGAGCUACCAGAACAUGCAGAAGCAGCAGGGCGAUAAGAAGGACGACGACGAGGAGGAUGAUAUCCCCGACCUCGUCGAGGGCGAGAACUUCGAGACUAAGGAAUAA